GCCGCCCGCCCGCCCGCAGCCAUUUUGCUUGUUUGUGUCCGGUUUCCAGGCGGUUGGGAGCGGACGGCUCCGUUACUUGGCGACAGACCGAGCGGCACGAGAGACUGAGUGAGGCCGGGGACAGGUGCCGUUGGCCAGCCCAGACCGAAGUGAGCAUUGAACAACACUGUUAGAAAGUUUUGAGCUAUUCUUCCCUGACGCUUAUUGAUCCUUGGGAACUGGUCCUCUGGUCCAUAAACAUCCCCUCCCAGUGAAGCCAGGCCUAUGUGCUGUGAUCCAUGUCUCCUCUGAGCUGCGGCCCAGUAACGCGAUGUGCCUUUUGGACACCAUGGAAGUGGGGAAAUAUGGUAACAACACAGUUCCAGAGAGAAGCAAAGGAGUACUGUUGGAGCCUUUCAUUCACCAAGUUGGCGGACACACCAGCAUGAUGCGGUAUGAUGAUCACACAGUUUGUAAACCCCUGAUCAGUCGGGAGCAGAGAUUCUAUGAGUCACUUCCACCAGAAAUGAAAGAAUUUACUCCAGAGUACAAAGGUGUUGUAUUGGUGUGUUUCGAAGGAGGGCGCGAUGGUUACAUUAACCUAGUUGCGUACCCAUAUGUGGAAAGUGAGAAUUUAGAGCAAGAUGAGGCUCAAGAAAGGGAGCAACCUCGCAGGAAACAUUCACGGAGAAGCCUUUAUCGCUCAACUAGUGGCACUGAGAACCUGAUCCAGAAGGAUGAUUCUGACAUCGCAGAGAGCACUCAGGAGAUGAAGAGUCCAAAGGUGGAGCUGCAGGUUCCAUCGGACAUUCCCUUCCAAAUGUUGGACAGCAACAGUGCGCUGAUUGCAGAGAAAAUCAGCUUUAACCCUUGGAGUCUACGCUGCCAUAAGCAGCAGCUGAGUCGCAUGCGCUCAGAAUCCAAGGAUCGGAAACUCUACAAGUUUCUGCUCCUGGAGAAUGUGGUUCAUCAUUUUGGCUAUCCUUGUAUUCUGGACCUGAAGAUGGGGACCAGGCAGCAUGGGGAUGAUGCAUCUGAGGAGAAGGCAGCACGACAGAUAAAAAAAUGUCAGCUGAGUACCUCUGGAGCACUGGGUGUGCGAGUGUGCGGAAUGCAAGUGUACCAGUUAGACUCAGGGCAUUACGUGUGCAGGAACAAGUAUUAUGGUCGUAGUCUUUCCAUCGAAGGGUUUAGCAAAGCACUGUAUCAGUUUCUGCACAACGGCAGGUACCUGCGUGUGGACUUGUUUGAUGUUAUUCUGCAGAAACUUCGCAACCUCAAGGAGGUGCUGGAGAAGCAAGCUUCUUACCGCUUCUACUCCAGCUCUUUGUUGAUUAUCUAUGAUGGAAAGGACCGAAAGGCAGACAAUCGAAACAAAUCCACAGGGGCGAUGAACCAAGAGAACCUGCAGGCAAGCACCAGUUCAUCUGCAUCUUCCUCCUUGAGCAGCAUUCAGGAUCAGCCAAAAAUUGACGUGCGGAUGAUAGACUUUGCCCACAGCACGUUCAAAGGGUUUCGGGAUGACCAAACUGUGCAUGAUGGGCCUGACACAGGUUAUAUAUUUGGACUGGAGAAUCUCAUUAGUAUUCUGGAAGAGAUUCAACUCCAGAACCAGUAGCAUAUUCCAAACUGUUCCUAAUUCUUUACCUAUAACUCGGGAAGGAAGGGUAAUGACCUUUCCCUCUCAAGCACAUACCGUAUGACUGCUUAUUUAGAUACUCAUCGCAGCGAUGAUGCCACAGACAAAAGUACUGUCAACUUCUGGCAAAUUGCUAGACAGAGAAAAAGUGAGUUUGUUGUUCGAACUGUUUGUUAUAUCACAAUGUAUAAAGUUGUUACAUAGUCACGUGGAGCAGCACUGCCUGUACUGAUACUAAUGCAUCUUGUAAAAAGGGAGCAAUGCCAUUGACUUACUGAGGCCUACCAUAAAGUGGCAGGUGCCAGUGUGGGGGGCACCCACUCGGUACCAAAGCAGCAAGCAGGCCAGGUAAUCUUCUUCUGCUCCCAAAGACUGAGACUGCAUGGAUUGCUGUAUAUUUGUAAAUGCUGGGACAACUUUCCUCAUUUACGACCACCUGAAUGUGAGUGAAGGACUCCAUAAGUUAACACUCAGGUUCUUUAGCUGACAGGUGUGUGGGUUUGUUUUGAAUUUCACUUCUUCCCUUGAACAUUAUUCCCUUCAGUACCUUGCCAGGGUUAAUCUCACUGUGCCAGCGACUUAAUGCACAGAGCCUAUGGCUCACUAGCUCUUUGGAAGGCUGUUGCACAUUCCUCAGAAGACACAUCAGAUGAAUGUCCCAAGAGUCAGAUCAUGGACCAACGCCGGAUUACUGCAAAGGACUGUGCGUCCUGAGGUUAGGGUUUUGUGCAAGUGUUAGAUAUGAGUACCACAAAAUAAGGCUCUUCCAGCUAGUGCAAUCUUUCCUUUUUAACACUGGACACUGAAGAUAAAUAAGCUCAGACUGUCGCGAACCUCCAGUGAAUGUAAUCAGAAGAGUGAGAGCUAUUUCCUGCUGCCCGUUCCCAGAAGGAUUUGGUUUUCAUCUAUUGUUUGUGUAAUUACAGAAAUACAUCCUGCUGAUACAGUGGAGACAUUUAGUAAUUUACAGGAAAGCACAUUGGCACAAUGCAGGUGGCAGGUUUGUUUAUAAAACAGACCUGCAAGCUGUUCCUAACAUGAAGCUUAGUUUGCCAUCCUUUUAUUUAGAAUAUUUGACUUUAUACAUCUUUGCUUACGAGUAUUUGCAGUAGUUACGAGUUUCAAACUAAAUCUACUGUGUAAUUUUUAAGAUUGCUAUUUUGUUACAUUGUUCCAAAAUCUUUAUUUUUGUCUUUUGAAAUGUAUGUUCCAGUCUGGAUCAUGAGGUUCUGAGAGCCCUGGUUUGCAGGAUACUAUCCAUCCCAUAAAACUGCAGUAUCCCCUUUUGAGUAAGCAAAGCUGAAACCUGGAGCAGUUUUCCCCAGAGACAGACACUGACCUGAAGCAUUGCCCUGUGUGACCAAGUUUAGAGAGUACAGUUACAUGAAACUGCAUGGCCUGAUGAACCAAUCAGAGUGCUGUCAGCUCAAGCUGUUGUACAAGUAUUUUAUCAUGAGCAUCAAACUUUUGUAUGCCAAGCUGUCUCUGGGAAAAUUGGAUUGAGGUAAUUCCAUUAUCCUGCCUUUUUGGGUGUAUGUAUGGUCUAUAGUAAGUUCUUAGCAUUGUUCUAACACUGCCAGUUAGCUAGAUCUAUCAGAUAUUUAAACUGUGACUGGUAUCAUCCUAAUGUUGGAUGCUGUAAAAGGAGGAGGAGGGGUGAAUCAUUCAUAGAGUGCACAUGAUAAAUAGAACACACCAAGAAGUUGCAAGAGCCUGCAGCAUCUGCUGGAGUGACUCCAGCGUAAGUUCUCAACUAAAAGAGCAAUGAUAAACAGCUCAUGGAAUUUUUUUCUGAUUUGCUUGACCCUGUUUAACCAGGUGAUUGGACCGUAAUCCUUCUUAGUGGCUUCAUUACUGGAUGAUUCUCUCAGUGAGUGUAACAGUCAUGGAGCAGAGCAGCAAGGGUUGUUCACAUGCAUUAGGCAGCAGAAAAUGACAUUUGAGCUAAUACAUGUCCUGCUCUCAAAGUUCCUGGCACACCAUUGAAUGCUUCUGAAAAUGUGUUAUCAAACCCAAAUUAACUAACACUAUUAUAGCAUAUUGGUAAGGCACAGAAUAUUCUGUGUAAUUCUGUUCAUUUGUAAACUUCCCUGCCCUUAAUGCACUCUACUUGAAGCUUUCGUGCACGCAACAUAACCCUGAAUCCAAAUUCAUUUACAUUAUCUGGUUAUUUGUAAGAGGUUGGAUACGAUUCAAUGGAUGAAUUGAGUUUCCAGGGCUCAGUGGCCAGGGACCUUAGCACUCUGAUGCAUGUCUGUCACUGUGACCGUCCCAUACUAAACCCCUUUCUCCCCACAGAAACUAAGCACUUGCAUUCCUUGUGGAAUAGCCCAUAAAUGAGUUACUGAACUGUCAUUAUUCCAGUGCCUCAGCACUGAAAAAGGCAAAGACGAAGUGAAAGUGAUAGGAGGACUUCUUGAUGAUACCUGGAAAAGAGGAAGUUCUGUUAUUGCCUUCCAUACAUGCAAUCCAUUACAUUCCAGAAAACAGAACUGUGCCUAGUACUAUGGAGGAAAGAGAAGAAGGUCGCUAUGAACUUCACCGUCACUUUGACCUGGAGCCAACUGUUUAAUGAAGCAUGUUGGGAGCCAUAGAUCAGUAGUGCAGCAGUGAAGGUCAUCAGCAUCAGUGCAUGUCCAUUCAGGCUGACAGUAUCAAGGGUUAAAGAUCUGGAAAUGAUUUGCCACAAGUUAAAUAACAUUGAAGACAGCAGAGGGUUACGUAGGGGAGAACGUUAUCAGGGGAAUUACUAAUAUUUUUAAAUUCAAGAAUUGUUUUUUAAUCUGUUUUAUUUUUGUGGGCAUAUGUGGGUGUGGACCAACAUGGCUGCUUAAAGGAGUCAAACAUUUUGGGUAUUUGAGUGGUACUUUAGUGGCAGAUGCAUAUUGCUAAUUAGUUUAGCAAGUAAAGACUUAGUAAAUACAGUAUUUUAUUCUAGUAGGAUUUUCAAAGUUCAAGUUCCAUAUACACAAAUAAACCAGUCACUCCACUCACUCAAUCUCCUUCUCUUACCUCAUGGGAGAAGAAACAUCAAAUAGUGCUGUUUAAACAUCCCUGCAGCCCUCAGUCUUGCUUCUUAAUAAAACUAUUGCUGCAUAUUUUCUGAAUAGCAUUGCACCAAUUCGAUGACUCAAUAAACCUGCCACUGGCAAGUAUGUUUUGAGCAGCACUGGAUCCUGAUGGCCCUCCAAGACAUUGACAAUGAACUAAAUGUACUCAGUGAAGUAAUUCAGCCCAGAAUUUGUAACAUAUGGGCUACCAUUGUUUAACAAUGUACUUUUUAAUAUUUAAACUGUUGUAUCUUAAUUGUUUGAAGACUUUUUCAAAAACAAUUACAAAUGAGUUAAGUGUUGUUUCUAUUUCUGAGCUGCACCUAUCUUUUUAGGUCUUUUGUUUCUAUGGCAGCAUAUUACUGAGGAACCAGCAUUUGAGUGACACUUCCAUCUAACCCUGCCCAAUUACAGAGAACCAGAGGUUGACGGGACCAGAAAAUGAGAGACAGCCCAACUCUGAAAAUUUUAAAAUGUCCGGUUCCAACUUCCUGUUUUGUAAUUUUCUGCAGAGUGAAAAUACAGCAGUUUUAAAAUUCAAAGCCAGUUUAAAGAAAUAGAGAAUUAAAGAAGUUGCACAAGAUUUGCCAAGGGUCUUGGAGCACUUGGUGAUCUUAGAAUGCCUGCAGUAUUAACUUUGAUAACGAUCAUCUGCUCGGUCCCAGGUUGUUGCAAAUAGUUAAGAUUGCGAGCAAUAAUUUACCCUGGAAGCACGUUGGGUAAACUCAGUCUGGAGCUACCUGGCCUGAGAAGCACUAAUAUACAGAUCUGUCAUAGCACAUAAAGUGAUUGCCCACCAUACAGGAACAACCAAAUCUGGAUAUAUUUGUCCACUUUUAGAUUAUUCAAACUUUUCUGUUUUUCAAAAAGACAAAAUGUAAAGGGCUGAUCUGUAGAAUGGCACUAACAGAAUUUUACUCCAGCUGCCCACUGGCCAUUUGCAGCAACUAGAAUUUAAAGUGUGCCUGUUUGUAAUUGUGGAUCUGGUGUUUCCUCACACUGUGCUGCCAAACAUAUUUUCCUGCAGAAUGAGAUCUGCCUAUUAGGAACUAUUUAUGGAUAUCUCUGAUUUCUUGACAGCAUUCUGUUAGUACUGCCCCUCAUGGUUCAUGGUGUUCCUUACUUCGUUAAUACCAACCUUGGGGACUGGUAGUCCAACUAUUGCACUAUGAAGAAUGCAGGGCAGGGUAAGGCGUAAAUUUCUUUUUCGAGUGCUGUGUACAAUUGAUGUACCAUGAGCUGAGGCUACCUGGUCAGAAGGGAUACUGCAGCUUUGAUGUGGUGCUCAGCAAUGGAAAGGGGGGGUGGAGGGGAAUGGGGGGAAUUGAAGGACAAGGUUGAACAUGUUUUUAUUGUUCACCGAUGUUGUGAAAGCCACGUUGGGCUCCUAAUAGUUUACUACAACAAUCUUGCAGAAAUGUAGGGAAACAUUAAAUUUCUGCACAUUAAAACCAGACGGAAACCCCCUCAGCUUCGAACAGAUGGGGUAAUUGUUUUGUUAUAUUACUAAUUUAUUCAAAGUAGUUUCAAUGUUUUUUCACUGUAUUUCUAUUGUGUGACUGUAUCUUCAACGGUAGACCCUCUCUUCAGGAAUCUAUGGGCAUGAGCAAACUGUAUCCUUGUGAUCUGUGUUUACAGUGUUACCUCCCAGUUGUCACAGUUAUGUACAAAAUAA